UCAAAAAACCAUAAAUAAAUGAGAGUGGAGCAGAGCAUACAGAGCAUACAUUGUUAAUACUAUAUUUACACUCACUCCAUUGAAAUAAAAAGUAAAAGUCCAACAAGUGAAUGAAUCGGAUUUCUUUUAGUCCAUUAGUUGAAUACGGUCUCAGAGUGUGCGAAGACAAUUUUGCGAUAAACACCAUUCAGUUUCUGUGUUAUUGAACGGUGGCCGGUGAAGCUGAACAGAUUUGAUUGUUAAAUUUAAUUUACACGAAGGAAUUUCAGUUAUGGCUAUGAAACGAGUAUUUGUGUACGGAGGAAAAGGAGCUCUGGGAGCUGCUUGUGUGACACAAUUCAAGGCUCUCAACUGGUGGGUCGGCAGCAUUGACAUGGCCGAAAAUGACACCGCCGAUGCCAAUAUCAUCGUCAAUCGAGAUGCUAAUUGGGUGGAACAAGAAACAACUGUGCUGGCAAAAGUAGAAUCGGCCCUGAAUGGUGAGAAAUUGGAUGCCGUUAUUUGUGUUGCUGGAGGCUGGGCAGGCGGAAAUGCUAAAAAGGAUUUGGCUAAAAAUGCUGACCUAAUGUGGAAGCAGAGUGUUUGGACUUCGACGAUCUCGGCAGCGAUCGGAGCAAAUUACUUGAAACCUGGUGGUCUUCUGGCAUUAACGGGAGCAAAUCCAGCACUGAAAGGCACUCCAGGGAUGAUGGGAUACGGCAUGGCUAAAGCGGCUGUUCAUCAACUAACAAAAUCAUUGGCUGGCAAAGAUUCCGGUCUACCAGAAAAUUCAUUGGUCGUCGCUAUACUUCCUAUCACAUUAGAUACACCAAUGAAUCGGAAGUGGAUGCCUAAUGGUGAUUUCUCGUCUUGGACGCCACUAGAGUUCAUUGCAGAUUCGUUCAUCAAAUGGACCAAUGGUGAAUCUCGUCCGGGCAAUGGAAGUCUUCUGCAAGUGGUCACAAAGGAUUCCGUUACAAAUAUGGUAGCUGCUGAAUAAUAUCCAUCCCAUUACAUCUAAUCGAACGCAUUAAUUUCUUUAUAUUUGAAAAUUCCAUCGACAUUCCAUAUCCGAAAAUAAAACUACGAAAAAUGGCAUACGCACCCGAGAACAGACAAUAAAGUCGCAAUUGCACGAAAAUCGUUGACAAUACAAAAUGCACUCUCGCAUAAAUGGAACAAUUUUUUUUUAUCUUUUUUGUUAAAAUUGAGUCAAGGCAUUGCAAUCAAAAAUAUAGAAUGCUUUUUGGUGUUGAA